AUGACCGCGUUUCAUUCUUCUCACAUCGGCAUUAAUGGUAGCCUACGGCGAGCACGCGAACUGUUCUACUGGCCCGGAAUGAAUGACCACGUAAAGACGUUCAUUCAACGAUGUGCUACAUGUCGUGAAGUAGAUCCAGCUCAGCCGAAACUGACUUUCAUCCCGCAUACCGUCCCAUCUCGACCAUGGGCGAAAGUAGCCGUCGAUCUCUUCGUUGUUGACAGGUAUGGCUAUAUGGUCACGGUUGACAACAUGAGCAAUUUUUGGGAAGUAGACAGGUUGGACAGCCUCACUUCUCAAAGCAUCAUCCAGAAACUGAAACCGCAUUUUGCACGGCAUGGCAUACCGGAUACAGUAAUGUCGGACAAUGGGCCCCAAUUUGUUUCAGCAGAGUUUAGUCGUUUCAGCCAGAACUGGGGUUUUGACCAUGUUACUUCGAGCCCGGGCUACCCACAAUCAAACGUGAAGGUGGAGAAUGCAGUAAAAACUACUAAGCGUCUGAUGGCGAAAGCCAGGCAGUCGGCGGGCGAUCCGUGGCUUGCUUUCCUCGAGAGUUCCGAAAUACUCCCAGCCAAGGGUUCGCGACCAGUCCGGUGCAACGUCUCAUGA